UAGCUAGUUAGCUAUAGGCAGACAUAUUACUCGCACAACGUUGAAACGCAGUUGGUUAGCUAACUACCUAGUUAGCUAACUAAACUGAAGAGAAGUGCCAGUGCGGGACAGGUGAGCCAGCCAGCAAGCUGCCCUUAUAAGUGGCAUGGGACAUGAUAUGUCAUGUUGUGCACAAAUCAGCAGAUGGCGUCAGCAAUGAUCUCCGUCCACACCACAGCCUCUCGCUUUGCCCUGCUCCAGGUCGACUCUGAUUCGGACUCCGAUUCCGAAUCAGGAAGGACCAAAGGCGUCCGGGACUCUGGAAAGACUCGGCCCGGGAAGACAACUGGGGGGAAAUCCACCGCAAGCAACGACAAGAAGAAGGAGAAGAGGAAGAAGAAGAAAGAGCAGCAACAGAGCGAGGCCAAUGAGUUAAGAAAUCUUGCCUUUAAGAAGCUCCCUCAGAAGUCCUCUGCCCCGCCCCCCUCCCUGUCUCUGCAGGGUGUGGCCAAUGAGCUGCUCCAUCCCGCGGCAGGGGACCAAGCCAUGCCCCCGGAAGGCUGGCAGCAAUGGAAGCAAAGGGACAACCAGUUAACGAGUGAGCUUUAUGAGGCCGACCUGGAGAAGGCACUGAUGAUGAGUAAACUGGAGUUUGAGAAGCACAAACAGGAUGAUGACGGCACAGACAUUCCCUCUCCCAAGUCCCGAGGAGCAGGAGGAGGGAAGAAAGACAAGAAGAAGAAUCAACAGGGAAAAGACAAGAAGAUGACGGUCUCUCUGAAGGACUUCCAGGCGGAGGGGGAUCAGAGUAAGAAGCUGGAAAAAGAGGAGCAGAAACCGCCCGCACCUCCAGAAGACAAGUUCUUCAACAAGCUUGAGGAUGACGUUAGCAAAAUCGUACAGCAGGAAAAAAGACGUGAGCAGUUUUCUAACAGCACUGGCCUUGAGGUCACGACUUCAACAGAGCAUGAACCGGACCCUCGAACUGAGCAGUUAAAGGACGACCUGGAGAAGAAAGACCAAGAAAUCGACAAGUUAAAGAAAGUCAUUUCACAAUGGGAGGUGAAAUACAAAGAAGUGAAAGCCAGAAACUCCCAGCUCCUGAAGAUGCUGCAGCAGGGAGAGAUGAAAGAUAAAGCAGAGAUCCUACUGCAGGUGGAAGAGCUUCUAAAUAUCAAAGAGGAGCUGUCUUCACAGGUGACAUCACUACAUGCCUCACUGGAACAAGAGAAGUCGAAAGUGAAAGGUUUACAAACAGAUCAGCCAAAACACCAUCCGAUCAGCCAGGAAGUCACCCCUAGGAAGAUUACCAAGGGAAACAGGAAGGGGAAAAAGGGUCCAGAGUCCGAUCUAUGAAGACCGCAGAGGAAAGAACAUUGACUGCAAAAACAAACUAAGCCACUCCUAUUCUUCAGGGUCUCCUUGUUUGUACUGUUAUUCUCUACUGGUUUCAUGCGUUAUGCAUGCCUUGUAUUACCACACAUCAACUCCUGGAUGUGUUGAACUGCAGAAGUCAUGAAAAGGCUUUUAAUAAAGGCUCUGAUAAAGAUACGUUUUAAGUUGACUGACAUCAUCGCAGCUCCUCUUUUUGUUCUGGUAUGGAGCUCAAGCGGCUGUCUGCUCCUCCCUUUUUCUGGUAUGAUGCCAAAUGGCAGGUGUGAAAUGUAUGUUUUUUUCCCUUUCACUGCAAGGUAAAUAAACUACUUUUCCUGUGUAAA